AGUCCCAUAGUGAGCAUUGACUAUCGCGAUGCAGAUAUAUCCAGCUGAUGGAUACAAAAGCGAUUGAGAUGGAUGUACCUAAUUUCAGUACUAGACAAUAUUCAUACUUAUAUUUAUGAGAUAUGUUUGAGAUAAUUGUACUAAACUAGAACACAAAAGGCGACAACUGAAUGUAUUUAAACACUAUCAGAAGGGGUUUUGUAGAGAUUGUAGUAAUUUCAAUGAUUAAGAUUAUGAGUCAGUUGAAGCUAGACCACCAUGAGAAACCUGGAAGCACUGGACGGCCGUUUCGUCUUAUUAUGGCACUCUUCAGCAAUGCUCAUCCACGACCUCACCCCCUGCGAGAUUCGAACCCAACAACAUUACUGAAUCCUUUAGUCAAAUCUGAAAACUAUAUAGUGAAUACUUCAUUGUUCUUUCAUUUCUACACUAAUCAAUCUUUGUUCUCAUUCUCUACUUAAUCUAUUAACGUUAAGCAUUUCACUUUUAAUUGAUGAUUAUACAUACUACUUAUAUCUAUUGAUAUCAGUAGUACAUAUUACAAUAUUAGUAAGAUUAUUAGAAAAUUCACCAGGUAUAUGGUAAUCUAAUUCCUUCAUCUCUCUACUGAGUAUAACUGUUAUUUUGGGUUGUUGAACAUC